CGAUAACGAGUUUACACACAUUUUCAUGAACUAAACAAGUCUCUGGCAAGCCUCCGUUUCCGCCCUCCAUUGAUCUUUUGUUCUUCUUUGGAAGCUUCACCUCAAAGAUACCCUAAAAGGCUACCGUCAAAGAUUGAGAAUUAUUUCUGGAUUCAGUUUGUUAUUCAAAUUUUGUAGAUGUUCACUUUUUUGAACCAUGUGAGUAACUCUCAGUUGCUUUGUAGCUGUAAUGAUUGGAAUUAAGCUUUCAAGACUGAGGUUAUAUUCUACUUCCCUAUAUUCCUCUUCAAAAUCGUCAUCGGCUUUAUACAAUUCAUUAAUGAAGCCUACAGGAAUUGCUUAUAAAAACUAUGUCAGACCAUCUUAUGGUUCUGUGAAUGGUUUCUAUAACAAAACAAAACUUCGUUGUGCUGCAAAGUUUAUGAAUAUUUGUAGUAAAGUUGUGGUCUGUUAUCACAAAUCCAAUCCCAUGUCUGCAUUAUCCUUGACUUCAUCAAAUUUGCCUUUCCGGAGUCUGUAUCCUUUUGUUUCGAUAAGCCCAGUGUUGAUACAUCAAUCGCAGUCAUUGUCUUUCAGUAGCAAGGCAGAUAAGGUUUCAGCUGCUUCUGGUGGAGCGGAAGUAGAUGUUAGUAAAAGUGAUGGUAUUGGUAGUGGUUGGGGUGAUAAAGUCAAAGAUGCUUGGCAUAGUGCUGCGGAUGCAAUAGGUUAUACUAGGCAGAAGGCUAAAGAAGUCUCCAAUGAACUGAAGCCUCAUGUUAAUCAGUUGCUUGAUACUCAUCCGUAUCUUAAGGAUGUGGUUCUUCCUGUUGGGUUUACUUUGACUCUCACCAUACUAGCUUGGGUGGUCUUGCCUAGGCUUUUGAGAAGAUUUCAUGAGUAUGCGAUACAAACUUCAAUCCUGCCAUCUGGAAGAAUGCUUGGGGAUCAAGUGCCAUAUGAUAAAAGCUUGUGGGGAGCUUUGGAGGAUCCAGUGAGAUAUGUAAUUACCUUCAUGGCAAUCUCUCAAAUUUGCAUGAUGGUGGCACCAAGUACUGUUCCAUCACAAUACAUUGUGCAGGCAUGGAGGGGUGCAGCUAUACUUUCAUUUGUCUGGUUUUUGCAUCGUUGGAAAACAAACGUACUUGGUUGUGCACUGGCUACUAAGACUUUAGCAGGGCUUGAUAGGGAGAAGUUGUUAACUAUAGACAGGUUUUCAUCUGUUGGUCUAUUUGUUAUUGGGAUUAUGGCUUUAGCAGAGGCAUCUGGCGUAGCUGUGCAAUCUAUUCUGACAGUUGGUGGCGUAGGAGGAGUGGCUACUGCUUUUGCUGCCAGGGACAUCUUUGGAAAUGUGCUCAGUGGAUUGUACAUGCAGUUUUCGAAACCCUUUUCCUUGGGUGAUACAAUAAAGGCAGGAUCUAUAGAAGGUCAGGUGGUUGAAAUGGGACUGACAAGCACAACAGUACUUAACUCUGAGAGAUUUCCGGUUCUGGUUCCGAACUCACUUUUCUCCAGUCAGGUUAUUGUAAACAAGUCACGUGCCCGAUGGCGUGCAGUGGUGACCAAAAUUCCCUUGCAAAUUGAAGAUCUGGACAAGGUUCCCGAGAUAUCAAAUGAGAUCAAGAGCAUGCUGAAAUCAAACUCAAAAGUUUUCUUGGGAAAGGAGGUCCCUUACUGUUUCCUGUCUCUUGUAGAAGGUUCUUAUGCAGAACUAACUGUUGGAUGCAAUCUCAGACAUAUGAGCAAAGAUGAAUUGUACUCUACACAGCAAGAUAUUCUUCUGCAGUCUGUCCAGAUUAUCAAGAAGCAUGGUGCUACAUUGGGCAGCACAUUCCAAUGUCCUAUCGGUCAGUGAUGCUAAGAGAAUGAGAUCUUUUGCACCCAAGUUGCAGUUUAUGCGGUACUCCACAAAUCUAUUGAAGUAACUGUCAUGCAGGUCUCGGUUGCCGAAAACUUGAGCUGCUUCCCUAGUUUGGAUUCUUAGUUUCUCUCCUUCUGCGGACACCAUUGCAAGUCUCAGAGCUUUAGCUAUAUCAUCCCGGCUAAAUGACCCGUCUUCACUUCUCUCUAUCUCUACACCCAAACCCUUGUCUACCAGAAGCCUUGCAUUCAAUGGUUGGUCUAUCACAAAAGGUAGCACCACGAGAGAGUGUCCGAACUGCAGUGUUUCGAUAAUCGAGCCCCACCCGGCGUGACACAAAGAGCCCCCUAUUGAAGAGUGUCCUAGUAUCUCCAACUGCGGUGCCCAACCGAUGCAGACCAUCCCUCUCCCUCGCGUACGCUCUUGAAAACCACAAGGCAACGCAUCAAGUUCAUUGAAAGCCCAGUGGGGUUUCCUUAGUGCCCAUAAAAACGGUAACCCCGAUAGUUCCACCCCAUAUGCUAUCUCAUGUGUCUGUUCUUUGCUUAGCUUGCACUCGCUCCCGAACCCUACAAACACAACUGAGUUAGGCUUUUGAACAUCGAGCCACCUAAAAAUUUCACCGGUUUGUCUUCCUUGGGGUUUUUCUGGUAGUAGCAAACCAAUGGGAAACACUGGUUUGCUGCCAUUGCCGGUUAUCUUCUCGAAUGCGUUUAAGUACUCAGCUUCAUAUUCAGGGCAAGUACGAAACGCAACAGCUUUAGAUGCUUGUAAAAUUUUGUGAACCCUGUCAGCAUCCGAUAUCCCGGAAGCAUUCUCCCCAUGAAACCCUUCGUGCAUGGCAGUAGCUAAGGAUUUAGGAUAACGCAAUGGAGAAGAAAAACCAAACCACUCAGGCGGUGACAUCAAACUUUCCGGGGAUGACCUCGUCAACGUCUGAUUCACAAAGAAACUAUAAACUGAAGCCGAAAAAACCGAGAAAUUAAUGAGAGGGAUAUGUUGUUCUUGAGCUAUUUCCACCAUCCAAUGAGGAAUCACAUCGAUCAAAAUCCAAUCUGGCUUUUGAUCUAUGACGAACUGCUUCACCGGUUGACGAAGCAGAUCGUAUGCAAUCUUCAGAUACUGGAUUUUCUCGAAAGGGAUAUCGACAGUCGCCUCACAACCUUCGGGCAGCUGUUGCUCAUCGUCUAAGUUUGGCAAUGGAAAGACCAACAAGUCUAAAAGGGUUGCUAUGUUUGAUGGAACAUUGGGCAGUCUUUUAAUGUUUCCGGGAGUUGAUAUGAAGGAGACUUUGAUACCAGCUUUGGCUAAUUGUAAAGCGAGUUGAAAGAAGGGUAUAAGGUGACCAAAAGCUGACCAUGGAACCAUCACCAUAUGCAAACGUGUAGUAGCCAUAUCUGUAACCAAGGCAAUACCCUGAGUCUAACCAGCCAACACCGAUAUAAGGGGGAAAAUUUAAGAGUUAAUUGCAUCAAACCUCUUAAAAUUAUUGGCCAAUUUUACUUUGGUCCUUAAAUUUCAAAAACAUUACAAACCAAUUCUUUAAUUAAAGUACUGUUCCAAUCGAGUUCAAUUGAUUUA